UCUUUCUCUUCAUACGCCACGCUUCCGCCAUUUUGUUGUUGUUUGUUGGGUUUAACUGUACGGGACGGGCGCACGUUUAGUGUCAGUAAUGAUUAUUAUUUAAAAGUACAAAAACUAUGGAACUAAUGGUGGACAAAAGAGGACUUUCAGUAAUGACUUGAUUUUUUGUUAUAAUAUGACGCGGGACGCGCAAUGCUCAAAUAUUAGCUAACGACUGGCGGCCAGUCCAAUUUACAUAUCUGUUGCCUCAUGCUACCUCGGCAACAUCCACCAACAUCAGCGUUGGGACUAUUCAAAUCUCCGUCCUCUUCUGAUUCUGGAUCUGGAGAUACUCAAAACACCGAACAAAUCUGCCGUGAAUACAUCAGGGGCAAUUGCACCAAAUAUGGACGGUGCAAAUAUCGCCAUGAGUUCGAUACAAAUAGAAUGAAAGAGAUCUUGCAGUUUUGCCACGACUAUCAAAACCGAAACGACUGCACACGUAAAAAUUGUAAAUUUAUUCACGCCAGCAAAGAAGAGCAUAAUACGUUUCUUGCUACAGGGCAAAUCCCUCGCGUGCUAGCUGAGAAACACGCCGCCUCGGCCGCUGCCGCUUCCAACAUGCAAUCGAACGCAGCUAAUGCCGAGACAAUUCCACAAAUAGCUAUGUUUAUCAGCGAAUCGUACAUGUCGCAACCGCCGCCCGCUCCCUGGCCGCCGCUGCCACCUCCGCAAGCCGUGCUGCAGCCGGUGACGACCGCGCCGCCGCCGCCGCCGCCCUCGUCAUCGCCGCCCCGGCACGCCGCAGGCCCAUCAGCCCAACAGCUCCCUCCGCCGUCCGCUCCCGCGCCUGGUGUUUCUCAACAUCGCCCGGUAGCCACAGCUUACUCUGCAAUGCCACAAACAUUAUUCUCAAUCAAUCAGCCCGCGGUUGUGGUACCGGAAAAGUUUGACCCGUCGAAGCCGCCCCCGCCGCUGCCGGCGCACAUGCAGCCCACUAACAACGGCCCCUUAAAAAGAAAAGUGGACACAAACGGAAACGCUGCAACAAGCAAGAUUCGGAAGCCCGAUGGCCCUGAAGUGUCAGAGCAACACUGCGAAUGCUGUGUCCAGCGAGAAUUAAGAAUUGACGGGUACAAGCAGCAGAUGGAAGCCUUGCACAAUGAGGAAGAGACGCAAAUAUUAUUGUACAAAAAGAAAUUACAGGAGUAUGAAAUUGGGAGAGACAUUUUAAAGAAACUCGUUGGACCAGAACUGUUCGCCGUAUUUGACAAUCUGAUUGAGGGGGCCCAGGCACCACAGUUGGAUAAUUCAGUAUCUUUUAAUUCGGAUUCAUCAACUGUGUCUAAGCAGGCUGUUAUACAGCUAUUUAACAUGCUGCUCGGCGGCGGCACCAGAAAUAUCAUCGAUCCGGUUCCUUCAACAUCCCAUAUGGACGAAACAUUGCAGUCCCUUACAAGACGGCAUAAUGUUAGCUAUUCUAAUGCUGGACCAGAUUUGAUAAAAUUCGUCACGGAUACAUUAAGGAGUAGUAAUACAGCAGAGAGGUCACCGUCAGUAGAAGAACGCCCAAGUGAACCGACGCUAAAUAACAGAACAAAUGGCUAUUUAGCAAACGGGCGAAAACCUCACACUAACACAAGCGAACCUACAAGGUAUGGCGCAGCCGCUGGUUACGCCGGGCCGAGCGUGCAGGUUCCAGACUUCGGAGGCCGUGCGCACCAAGCGAUGCCCAACUACGCCGUGGCGGGCCCUAGCGGGUAUGCAGGCGCCCCUCCGGCCGCCCCGCCGCCCGCCGGCUACAUGUACCACCCGGCCGUCCCGCCACCGAACCGGCAUUACUACCCUCAGAACCCUGCUGUCUCAGGUACUGUGGGCAUGCAGUACAAUGGCACAGAAAGAGCGCCCGGUCCGGGCCCGGUCCAAGGGAUGCAGGCACCUGCUGUACCAGGAGCGCUCCGACCGGCGGCAAAUGCUCCAAAUUACAAUUAUAUGGCUCGGUAUCCUCAGCCGCCUUACUUCCCACCUUACCAAUAGCCUCUGCAAUCCGCAAGCUGUGGAUCAAGUGGUGGCAUUUUCGAGAAGGACAAUUUUAAACUAAAGAAACACUACACGUGCUAGUAUUACCUAACUACGGUUUAUAAUGUGAUGUGACUGCCAGUGUGAACUUAGUGGAGUGCAGUUGUAUUUACCUUAAGACGAGACGUGUAAAUACUCUAUAAUGUUAGAUACUUAUACCUAUUUAGUUUAUAAGCGUAGGUAUACUUUAAUUAAUAUAAGUAUAAGUGAAUAAUUUUUACAAUAGAUUAUAAUGUUGUUGUUAUUAAAUAUCUACAUAAUAUAAAAUUA